UGUAUUUUCAUAUUAUUUAUACUUGAUGUUAUAGAUAUAAAUAAUUUUCUCCAUAAACUUGGUGGAAAUUUACAAAGUUUAACUUAAAAUUUAUAUGCACUACAUUAUGGACAGAGAGCACGUCUCUGCAUCUACAGCCAGACAGCCCUAUGGUGAUUUUGGUACUUUACGUGUGUUGUGUUUAUUUACAAUCACAAGUAAUUAUGGCUAAAAGUAAAAAAAAGUAGACUAUCUGUACACAGAUCAUUGCACUGAGGAAUUUUAUGAAACCAUACGGUCUAUAGUCGUACACGUACUUAGUACUGUUUGGAAGAACUAAAAUAGUAUUAGUUUUAGUCGGGAGCAGAUGCUUCGGGCUGCCGAGCUGUUGUGCAUAUUACUACCUCUGUCCUGGUUUAUUGGUCCCCAUUGUAUUUCAUGCCAAAUUUUAACCAUAAAUUAACUAACAAAAUAUUUAUGCAUGUCACCAAAAAUUAUAUCAUUGAAAACUACGUUCAAAUACGAAUCAAACGAUAUAUUUUUUGUUGACAUGCAUUAACAUUUCAUUACUUAAAUCUUUGGUCAAAGUUUGUCACAGAUUACAAAAGGGACCAAUAAACCAGGAUGGAGGUAGUACCUGAUAGACGUGGAUGUUGGGUGGUUGGCAAUUGAAUUAAUGUGACUGCCCGUGCUCUCUUAAACUGAUAGUAAAUGAGCACCUAACUUAUUCGGAGAUUGAUUUAGACCGCCCAAAUGAAUUUUUGGAACUCGAUCCAUUCUAUAUAUGGAAGCCAUACAGAACGGGUUGAGGAAGCAUGUACCGGGAGGAGUACUUUAAGUGCUCGUGAGAAGAUAUGUUGAUUUUUUACUUUACAAGAAAAGUACUAAAAAGAGCUUAAAAUGUUCAGUUUGUUUUGUUGACAUGCCAUGAAAAAAGAAGACUUUUCGCAAAACUUUAAAUGUGUAAAUAAUAGUUGCUCAUCUAAAUGACAUACCAUACAAAAUAAAUGUACGUACAUCCGAUUUUGCCUGUGGUGGUUGAAGGUUUGGCAGUUGGCAGUUCUUAAAUUGAAACUAAAUGUACGCCUAACUUACUCUGUAGACGGAUUUCGACUGCGCAAAUGUUUUUUCUAAAGACUCGGUCCUUCUAUAUAUAUAGGCCACACGGAACGAGUUCAGGAAGCAUGUGCUUGCAGUUGCAGGAGUUGAAGUUCUUGUUCAGUACCAACAUAAUUACAAACCAUAGCAGCAUGGACUUGACAAUUGGCACUAUGUUGUUGGUCCUAGCUAUUAUUCUCAUCACCGCAAUAGUCAUCAAGAUUGCAAAUGCAAGAGUCACCUUUGAUCCAGUUUGUACACGACCACCUCCACCUGUGGUGAAUAGCAUUGCUCUUCUAAAACUCUUACCUACCCUGUGUACAAAGGGCCCCGAAAUUACAAUGACCUAUCUGUAUAACAAGUUUGGUAGUGUUUUCACAGUUAGUAUUCUUUGGAAAAGGAUAAGCUUCUUGGUCGGGCCAGAGGUCUCUGGUCCCUUUUUUCAAGGUUCCGAGUCAGAGGUUUCCCAAGGUAAUUUCAAUGAGUUCACUGUGCCCAUGUUUGGCCAAGAGAAUGGAUUUGCCGUAGAUUGCUCCACUCGAAUGGAUGAGAUUCGCUUCUACAUUGAUGCUCUAAAGCCAUCACAGCUGAGGAGCCAUGUUGACCCCAUGCUUCGUGAAGUGGAGGUAAGAAUAUCAGUCAUCGUGCCUACUCACAUAAUUAGAUUUCUGAACAGAACUUGCAAUUGAUUCAAGAAGUAUACAAAGCUUGAUACUUUUGUUCAUUUCAAAAUAGAUGAAAUUUUUUUACUUUUCAAAUUCUCAAGACAACAACUUUGACUCUAAUCUUUUGUUUUCAUUCCAGUUUCUUGUUUUUUAGUCCAGUGUGCUAUGCAUUAUUUAAUUUAAUCAAUGAAGUUAGAUUGUUUGCUCAAAAGAUCACUAAAUAACCUACUUGAUACUUCAUGUUACUCCCUAAAUAGACAAUGUUUCUUACUUUGCAAAGUCUCGAGAGAGAAAGAGGACCCUUAAGGUUAUUGUAAAAUUGUAAGUAUAAUUUGUUAAAAUAAGUAUCUAGUGGGCGAAGUCCUAUCUAACAAUUUUCUAUUUUUUCUGCAAGUUCUGAAUUGUUUAUUAAUGAAAAAGUAGUUAAGUUUAACCACAUGCAAUUUUUCUAUUAUGCAAUUAAUGUAUUCUGGAAUGAGAUUAUAUAUACUUCUUAAAUUAAUACAACUAUGAUAAAAUCCACACUGUUUAAAGUAGUCUGUACGUGCCAUAGAUAAAAUUAGUCUGAUAUCCAUGCUCAGGUAGUUCUCCUUUGUAAAAUGGUACAAUAAACAAGUAAACAAAUGUAAAUAACACUAUUUGUUCAUUUUUUUUCUUUAGAAGUCUGUAUAGUUUGUCACUUAAUCUGGUUACUAUGCAGAACGGUAUCAAAAUAAGAUGGGAAACAUUAUCAGAAAAUCAUUUUUUGUAACCAAACUACUAUGAAAACAGGGUCAGUAUAUUAUUAAUAACUAGGUACAUCAGUCCUUCUUAAAUGUAACAAUUGGGCUUCCAUGGUAUUUGGUAGGGUAAGGUUUAGAAUUUUGAUACCAAUAUUAUU